AUGUUGUCCCCGCCCUAUUUUGCACCAUCCAGUACUUGCCAACACCACGGCUUCCUCGCAGUAAUGUCCCUGCCCCAGACUUUCAAAAACAACGACAAAGGCACCUUUGGCCAGUUCACCGCGACCAGUAGAUGGCCCACCAUCAUUAGCAACGCUAUCGACGACCUGCAAGCAGAACUGGAUACUCUCGAAGGUGGCUCCCAGCACUUCCACGACGGUCAAAAGAUCCAGCAGAGCCUCGUAGAGCUACGUAAAGAGGUGGAGACCGACCAGGCCAUCCGCCCCUUCACCGCAGGCGAAAUCAAGACUGCGGACGUUCCAGGAUCCUUCAACGAGCACAUCGCAUCGGUCGCGCAAACGUGGCACACGGGCGGCUGGCUGUUCUGCGAAGUGUACCUCUACCGGCGCAUCAACGUGCUUUUCCGCUCCUACGCCUCCUGGCGCGAGUUUGACAUAUUCAACCGUGUGAAGCAGUCCACCUUCCAAAGCUCUAUGGUCGGCGUCGUCGAACUCGCCGUUCGCUACCAAAAGCUCCAGUCGCAAUUGGAGUCUGCAGACUCAGAAGCCAUUGAGCUCCUUUUCAAAGAGUUUGUCGAAAUCUCGCUGUGGGGGAACGCCACCGAUCUGUCUCUACUGACCAACGCGACCUUGGAGGACAUCAAGUCCCUACAAGGCGAGCAGGCAAGAAAGGCAUCUGAAUCCAAGAUCCUGAUCAACGACACCGCCAAGGCUUGGAAGCAGCUGCAGUCUUCGGAGCACAAGCGCGUGGACUUUGUCCUGGACAACUCAGGCUUCGAGGUCUACGCCGACCUGAUGCUGGCCCUCUUCCUUCUAGACACCGGCAUUGUCAAAGAAUGCAUUUUUCACGCCAAGGACAUCCCCUACAUGGUCAGCGACUGCAUGAUCAAGGACUUCGAGUUGCUCCUGCGAGACAUGGAGUCGCCUGACUUCUUUGACCUGAAGCAGCUGCAGCACGACGAACAGCCCGGCCGCGAAUCUCUCGCUUUCCUGGUCAAGACUCUCAGAGACCACAUCCAAAGCGGUUGCAUUAGCUUCGUGCAGGACUCUUUCUGGACAACAGAUCUGGACUAUACCCACAUCGACCCAUCCGAGACCAAAUACCAUGGAGCUGAGAUCCACAAGUCUCUGCUGGACAGCGCGCUCGUUAUUUUUAAAGGUGACUUGAAUUAUAGAAAGCUCACUGGCGACAGAAAGUGGCCCAGGACUACAAAGUGGGAGACCGCUAUUGGAUCCCUGGCCUCCAACGGCCUCAAAACUUUGAGUUUGAGAACUUGCAAAGCGGAUGUAGUCGUUGGACUUCCUUCCGGCGUCGACGAGAAACUGUGUUCCGAGUGGGAAUCAUCGAACAAGAAGGGAGAACCCGGGUCCUGGUGGAGUUCCAGCGGCAAAUACGCCGUGAUUUGUUUCUGCGAUGGCCAAAACUGA